AUGUGGAGCGCCCCUAUGCAAACUGUCUCAAAUGGAUUCGGUGGGAAGCCAAAAGAGUUCUGCUUUGGAGCCAAGCUGGUCGUGAACCAAGGUUCUUCCUGGGGCGGGCCAAGCCCGCCGCUGUGGUGGAGCUGUGCAGAGCCAGGGUCCGGGCAAGCCGGGGUCUGUCCUGGACGGGCCGGAGGUCACCGCCCUGGCGGAGAGGCAGAGGCGGGAGCAGAGCGCGAUGGGGCUGAGGGAUGUGCGAGAAUGGUCCUGGAGGGCUGGCCAAAGCAGCGGGCGCGGCUCGACGUGCUGCCUCCGUGCCGGACGCGGAGCAAGGAAGUGUAA